UGACCCAGGUGCGUACGCGACGGAGCGGGGUGUGAAGAUGGCGGACGAAGAGGCCGAGCAGGAGAGGUUGAGUCGCGGCGGAGGCGGUUGCGUCGCGGAGCUGCAGCGCCUGGGCGAGCGGCUCCAGGAGCUGGAGCGACAACUGCGGGAGAGCCGGGUGCCGGCCGUGGAAGCGGCCACGGAAUACUGUCAGCAGCUGUGCCAGACACUCCUUGAAUAUGCAGAGAAAUGGAAAACUUCAGAAGAUCCCUUACCUUUAUUGGAGGUAUACACAGUGGCUAUCCAAAGUUAUGUUAAAGCCCGACCUUAUCUUACCUCUGAAUGUGAAAAUGUAGCAUUGGUUCUGGAACGCUUGGCAUUAAGCUGUGUUGAACUUCUACUGUGUCUGCCUGGUGAGUUACCAGACAAACAGUGGAAACAAUUUCAGACACUGGUGCAGGUAGCUCAUGAAAAGCUGAUGGAGAAUGGCAGCUGUGAAUUGCAUUUUUUAGCUACUCUAGCUCAAGAGACUGGGGUGUGGAAAAACCCGGUACUGUGCACUAUUCUUUCCCAGGAACCAUUGGAUAAGGAUAAAGUGAAUGAAUUUUUAGCUUUUGAGGGUUCCAUCUUGUUGGAUAUGAGAAUUAAACAUCUAAUCAAAACAAAUCAGUUAAGUCAAGCAACUGCUCUAGCAAAGCUGUGUUCUGACCAUCCAGAGAUUGGUACAAAAGGUAGUUUUAAGCAAACUUACCUUGUCUGUCUUUGUACAUCAUCACCAAAUGAAAAGUUAAUCGAAGAGAUUUCAGAAGUUGAUUGCAAAGAUGCGCUAGAAAUGAUCUGUAACUUAGAAUCUGAGGGUGAUGAAAAAAGUGCUCUUGUUUUAUGUACUGCAUUUUUGUCACGUCAGCUCCAACAAGGAGAAAUGUACUGUGCUUGGGAACUCACUCUGUUUUGGAGUAAAUUACAGCAGAGGGUAGAACCAUCUGUACAUGUAUACCUGGAAAGAUGUCGUCAACUUUCUUUGUUAACCAAGACGGUAUAUCACAUUUUCUUCCUGAUUAAAGUUAUUAAUUCAGAGACUGAAGGGGCUGGACUUGCUACCUGUAUAGAACUAUGUGUUAAAGCUCUUCGCUUGGAAUCUACAGAAAAUAACGAAGUGAAAAUAUCUAUUUGCAAGACCAUUUCAUGCUUGUUGCCUGAUGAUCUGGAAGUUAAACGUGCUUGUCAAUUGAGUGAAUUUCUUAUUGAGCCUACGGUAGAUGCAUAUUAUGCUGUGGAAAUGUUGUAUAAUCAGCCAGACCAGAAAUAUGAUGAAGAGAAUCUUCCAAUACCAAAUUCUCUACGCUGUGAGCUCUUACUUGUAUUAAAAACUCAGUGGCCCUUUGAUCCAGAAUUCUGGGAUUGGAAAACCUUAAAACGACAAUGUCUUGCGUUAAUGGGGGAAGAAGCAUCUAUUGUGUCUUCAAUUGAUGAACUAAAUGACAGUGAAGUUUAUGAGAAAGUAGUAGACUACCAGGAAGAGAUCAAAGAAACUUCUGUGAACGGACUUUCUGGUGGAGUUGGUGCUAAUUCUGGCCUUUGUGAUGAAAAGCAGAAGAAGAGAGAAAUAAAACAAUUAAGGGAGAGGGGAUUUAUAUCUGCUAGGUUUCGAAAUUGGCAAGCCUACAUGCAGUAUUGUGUACUAUGUGACAAGGAAUUCCUUGGCCAUAGAAUAGUACGCCAUGCUCAGAAACAUUACAAAGAUGGAAUUUACAGUUGUCCUAUAUGUGCAAAGAACUUUAAUUCUAAAGAAACUUUUGUUCCUCAUGUCACGUUGCAUGUUAAACAAUCUAGUAAAGAGAGACUAGCAGCUAUGAAACCAUUAAGAAGAUUGGGAAGGCCUCCUAAGAUCACAACUACCAAUGAAAAUCAGAAGGCUAAUGCUGUGGCCAAGCAGGAACAGCGGCCUAUAAAAAAGAAUAGUCUCUAUUCAACAGACUUUAUAGUAUUUAAUGACAAUGAUGGUUCAGAUGAUGAAAAUGAUGACAAAGAUAAAUCUUAUGAGCCAGAAGUGGUCCCAGUACAGAAACCAGUACCUGUCAAUGAAUUUAAUUGCCCUAUAACUUUUUGUAAAAAGGGCUUUAAGUACUUUAAAAAUCUAAUUGCUCACGUAAAGGGGCAUAAGGAUAAUGAAGAUGCCAAGCGCUUUCUUGAAAUGCAAAGCAAAAAAGUGAUUUGCCAGUACUGUAGGCGGCAUUUUGUAAGUGUUACUCAUCUCAAUGAUCACUUACAAAUGCACUGUGGCAGUAAACCAUAUAUCUGUAUACAGAUGAAAUGUAAGGCUGGUUUUAAUAGUUACGCGGAGCUCUUAACCCACCGAAAGGAACAUCAAGUUUUUAGAGCAAAGUGUAUGUUUCCUAAAUGUGGCAGGAUUUUCUCAGAAGCUUAUUUACUAUAUGAUCAUGAAGCACAGCAUUAUAAUACCUACACUUGUAAGUUUACAGGUUGUGGUAAAGUAUAUCGUUCUCAGAGUGAGCUAGAGAAACAUUUGGAUGAUCAUAGCACUGAAAAAGCGCUGCCUCCAGAAGACCAACUUAGUUCAUCUGGAGCUUCUGUUCAGCCUUCCAAAGUGAAUCAGAACUCAGAAGGGAACACUGAGAAAGAGAGGUCUGUGCUACCUUCACAAAAUAACAUUGAAAAUACCUUAUCAGCAGAUAGAAGUGAUGCUUGGGUUAAAAGUAAGGCAGAAUCUGCUGUGGCCAAACAAGACCAGAUUUCUGCUUCCGAGCUCAGUCAGACUGAUGAAACGUUGCCAAAUGGUUUGGAAAACCCUGCUGCCACUACUCUGCUACAGACAGGUGAAGUAGCUGUGUCCCUUAAGGUGUCCCUCAACCAGGGGAUUGAGGAUAACUUUGGAAAGCAAGAAAACUCAACUGUGGUAGACACUGGUGAAUCACUGGUUGCAAACUUACAUACAGUAGUUGAAGAUACAUGUAAUGAUUUGUGUCAUCCAGGUUUCCAGGAGAGAAAAGAGCAGAAUUGCUUUAAUGAAGUUCAGAUUACCCAGAAUUCUUUAGUAAAUUCAGAAACCCUCAAAAUAGGUGACCUUACCCCACAAAACUUAGAAAGACAAGUGAACAAUUUGAUGACCUUUUCUGUGCAAAAUGAGACAGGAUUUCAAAACAGUUUACCAACAUCUAAGUUUGAAUGUGGAGGUAAUGUGAAAACAUCGUCCAAUCUUUAUAAUUUACCCCUUAAGACAUUAGAAGGUACCACAUUUGCUCCACCACAGCCCAACCUAAGUUCUUUAGGAACUCCAUCAGUGCCUCCAAAAGCGCCAGUUCAGAAGUUCAGUUGCCAGGUUGAGGGUUGUACUCGAACGUAUAAUUCUUCACAGAGUAUUGGGAAACACAUGAAGACAGCACACCCUGACCAGUAUGCUGCAUUUAAAAUGCAGUGCAAAAGUAAAAAAGGUCAGAAAUCUAACAACUUAAAUGCACCAAAUAAUGGAAAGUUUGUUUAUUUUUUGCCAUCACAAGUGAGCAGCUCUAACAAUGCAUUUUUUACGCCACAGACCAAAGCCAAUGGGAAUUCUUCUUGUUCAGAUCAGUUGCAGUGUGUCUCAUCUUCCAUCUUUCCAGCUCAUUUAACCAGUGUGUCAGCUCCACUGUUGCCUUCAGUGGAAAGUGUCAUAAAUCCAAAUAUAUCUUCUCAGGAUAAAAAUGAACAAGGUGGUAUGUUAUGUUCCCAGAUGGAAAAUUUGUCUAAUACUACCUUGCCAGCACAAAUGGAUGAUUUAACCAAAACAGUUUUGCCUUUGAAUAUUGACAGUGGCUCAGAUCCUUUUCUUCCUUUACCUGCAGAAAGUAGUUCAAUGUCUCUCUUUCCUUCACCAGCAGAUAGUGGGACUAAUUCUGUUUUUUCCCAACUGGAAAACAGUACAAAUCAUUUUUCCUCACAGAUUGAAGGAAACACUAGUUCCUCUUUUCUGAAAGGAGGUAAUGUUGAAAAUGCAGUUUUCCCCUCACAAGUAAAUGUUGCAAAUGACUUCAGUAGCACCAAUGUGCAACAGUCUGCUCCUGAAAAAGUUAAAAAAGACCGUGGGCGAGGCCCAAAUGGGAAGGACAGAAAACCCAAGCACAACAAAAGGGCUAAGUGGCCUGCAAUUAUCAGAGAUGGGAAAUUUAUCUGUAGCAGGUGUUAUAGGGCUUUUACCAAUCCCAGAUCUCUGGGUGGACACUUGUCUAAGCGAUCUUACUGUAAACCACUGGAUGGAGCAGAAAUUGCUCAAGAACUUCUGCAGAGUAAUGGGCAGCCUUCUCUUCUUGCCAGCAUGAUUCUCUCCACAAAUGCAGUAAAUUUGCAGCAGGCACAACCAUCUACACCAUCUACCUUCAAUCCAGAAACAUGUUUUAAAGAUUCAUCAUUCCUACAACUUCUUGCUGCUGAAAAUCGCUCAUCAACAUUUUUACCAAAUACAUUUUCCAGGGCUGGUGUAACUAACUUUAAUACAACUGUUAGUCAAGAAGGAAGUGAAAUUAUUAAACAGGCUUUGGAAACUGCUGGCAUUCCCAGUACAUUUGAGGGUGCCGAAAUGCUUUCUCAUGUUCCAACAGGUUGUGUCUCAGAUGCAACACAAGUAAAUGCGACAGUGAUACCAAAUCCAACAGUGCCACCACCCCUGUUGCAGACUGUGUGCCAUCCAAACACCCUGCUGACAAACCAGAAUAGAACACCAAACUCUAAAACUCCCUCCAUUGAGGAAUGUAGCAGUUUGCCUGGUUUUCCAACAAAUGACUUAUUACUGAAGACUGUUGAAAAUGGUUUGUGCUCUAGUACAUUCCGUAAUUCUAGUGGGCCAUCACCAAAUUUUACCAGUAAUAGUUCACGUGUUUCAGUUAUAAGUGGUCCUCAGAACACAAGGUCCAGUCAUUUAAAUAAAAAAGGAAACAGUGCUUCUAAGAGAAGAAAGAAAGUUACUCCAUUAAUUGCACCUAAUGCAUCCCAAAACUUGGUAACAAAUGACUUAACAGCAAUGGGACUUAUAGCAAAGAGUAUUGAGAUACCAACUACUAACCUGCAUUCAAAUGUAAUUCCAAAUUGUGAACCUCGGGCUUUGGUGGAAAAUCUAACACAGAAAUUAAAUAAUGUUGACAAUCAGUUAUUUAUGACUGAUGUAAAAGAAAACUUUAAAACCAAUCUUGAGUCUCAUACAGUGUUAACUCCUUUACCAUUAAAAACUGAAAAUGGUGAUUCCCAAAUGAUGGCUUUGAAUUCAUGCACAACUUCAAUAAAUUCUGAUUUGCAGAUUUCUGAAGACAAUGUUAUACAAAACUUUGAAAAGACUCUUGAAAUUAUUAAAAGUGCUAUGAAUUCUCAAAUACUUGAGGUAAAAAGUGGAUCUCAGGGUGUUGGUGAAACAUCACAGAAUGCUCAAAUAAAUUAUAACAUUCAGCUUUCUUCAUUAAACACUGUACAAAAUAACAAAUUACCUGAUUCCUCUCAGUUUUCCUCCUUCAUAGGUGUGGUGCCAACAAAAAGUAACAUUCCCCAAUCUGAAGUAUUGCAUAAGGAGGAUCAAAUACAGGAAAUUUUAGAAGGCUUACAGAAAUUAAAAUUAGAAAAUGACCUAUCCACCCCAGCAUCCCAGUGUGUACUAAUGAAUACGUCAGUGACACUGACUCCUACUCCUGUUAAAUCAAUUCCAAACGUUACAGUUGUUCAGCCAGUUUCUGAAAUGCUAAAUAAUAUUCAGUUUAGUGACAAAGUUAAUAAACCCUUUGUGUGUCAAAACCAAGGCUGUAAUUACAGUGCUAUGACAAAGGAUGCACUAUUUAAGCACUAUGGGAAAAUUCAUCAGUACACUCCAGAGAUGAUUCUGGAAAUUAAGAAGAAUCAAUUGAAAUUUGCUCCAUUUAAAUGUGUAGUACCUACAUGUACAAAGACAUUUACAAGAAAUUCUAACCUCCGGGCACACUGUCAGUUGGUACAUCAUUUUACAACAGAAGAAAUGGUAAAGUUAAAAAUAAAAAGGCCUUAUGGGAGAAAGUCUCAGAGUGAAAAUUUGUCAGCUCCCCGAAUAACACAAGUAAAAAGACAGCUAGCUGUGACAGAAGAAAAUAAAAGGGAAUUACCGUCUGCUGUGGAAUUGGGAGCAAUGAAGGAAAAUGCCUUCAGUAAUACAGCAGUGAUUCCAGAAAAACAACUUACAGAAAAAAAAAGUCCUGAAAAAACAGAAAGUUCUUCACAAGUGAUCACAGUUAUUUCAGAACAAUGUAAUACAAAUUCUCUCACAAACAUGCAAACCAAAGGACGGAAAAUUAGGAGACAUAAAAAAGAAAAGGAGGAGAAAAAACGCAAGAAGCCAGUUCCCCAAUCCCUUGAGUUUCCAACAAGAUACAGUCCCUACAGACCUUAUCGAUGUGUUCAUCAGGGCUGCUUUGCUGCCUUUACAAUACAGCAAAACUUAAUUCUGCAUUACCAAGCUGUACACAAAUCAGAUCUACCUGCAUUUUCUGCAGAGGUUGAAGAAGAAAGCGAAGCUGGUAAAGAAAGUGAAGAAAUUGAAACUAAACAAACUGUGAAAGAAUUUCGAUGUCAGGUUAGUGACUGUUCUCGAAUUUUCCAAGCAAUUACUGGCCUAAUACAACACUAUAUGAAACUUCAUGAAAUGACUCCUGAGGAAAUUGAAAGUAUGACUGCUUCUGUUGACGUUGGGAAAUUUCCAUGUGACCAGUUAGAAUGUAAAUCUUCAUUUACCACAUAUUUGAACUAUGUUGUUCAUCUUGAGACAGACCAUGGAAUUGGGAUAAGGGGAAGCAAAACUGAAGAGGAUGGCAUAUACAAGUGUGACUGUGAAGGCUGUGACCGUAUAUAUGCAACUCGGUCUAACCUCCUUCGACACAUUUUUAAUAAGCAUAAUGACAAACAUAAAGCUCAUUUGAUUCGGCCAAGAAGAUUAACAUCUGGUCAGGAAAAUAUAUCAAGCAAAGCAAACCAAGAAAAGACAAAGUCCAAACAUCGAGGGACAAAACACAGAUCUGGAAAAGAAGGAACCAAAAUGCCUAAGACCAAACGAAAGAAAAAAAAUAAUUUAGAAAACAAGAAUGCAAAAAUUGUACAGAUUGAAGAAAAUAAGCCUUAUUCUCUGAAACGUGGAAAGCAUGUAUAUUCUAUUAAGGCUAGAAAUGAUGCCUUAUCUGAAUGUACAAGCAGAUUUGUAACCCAGUAUCCUUGUAUGAUAAAGGGGUGUACUUCAGUUGUUACAAGUGAAAGCAAUAUAAUUAGACAUUAUAAAUGUCAUAAAUUAUCUAAGGCAUUUACAGCACAACACCGCAAUCUUCUUAUUGUCUUCAAACAGUGUUGCAACUCACAUUUAAAGGAAACAUCUCAUCAAGAAGUUGUUAAGAAUGAUGUGAAAGAAUCUGAUACGUGUGUAUCAGAAAGCAAUGAUAACUCAACAACUACAGUUCCACAGAAGGAAGUUGAAAAAAAUGAAAAAGACGAAAUGGAUGAACUAACAGAAUUAUUUAUUACAAAAUUAAUAAAUGAAGACAACGCAGGUGUGGAGACCCAAGCUCAUACCUCUUCAAAUGUAAGUAAUGACUUUCAGGAAAAUAACCUCUGCCAAUCAGAAAAACAAAAAGCACCUAAUUUGAAGAGAGUUAAUAAAGAAAAAAAUGUCUCCCAAAAUAAAAAGAGGAAAAUUGAAAAGGCUGAACCUGUACCAGUAGUUGAGUUGAGUAAUAUGCAUAAGGAAGAAGAAACUGCUGUUGCAAUUCAAACCACUGAAGAGCAUCCUGCAUCUUUUGACUGGAGCUCAUUUAAACCAAUGGGAUUUGAAGUAUCAUUUCUGAAGUUUCUUGAGGAAUCUGCAGUGAAACAGAAGAAAAGUACUGACAAAGACCAUUCAAAUAGUGGAAAUAAGAAAGGAUCCCAUUCAAAUUCAAGAAAAAAUAUAGACAAGACUGCUGUGAAUAGUGGAAAUCACAUAUGUUCUUAUAAAGAAAGUGAAACCUUUGUACAGUUUGCCAAUCCAUCACAGCUUCAGUGCAGUGAUAAUGUAAAAAUUGUUUUAGACAAGACUCUGAAAGAUUGCACUGAGCUUGUCUUAAAGCAACUUCAGGAAAUGAAACCUACCGUCAGUCUGAAAAAACUUGAAGUACAUUCAAAUGAUCCAGAUGUGUCUGUUAUGAAAGAAAUCAGUAUGGGUAAAGCCACAGGGAGAGGGCAGUACUGAUAACUAAUGUGCUAUAAAUACAUCAUUUACACUUUUAUUUUAAAUAGAAAGCCAUCAAGCAUGCUAGAAUUGUGAAACUUUUCAUUAUUUUUGGUUGUUGUUGACAUGAAUUAAC